UAAUUUUUUUGGUCAGUCCGCGAAAAGAAACCGACGGAAAGCGCGAGAAAAUUCGAGGGAAAAGCAAAACUAGUUCCUGGCCUGCACGGAGUUUCAAAAAGAAUUUCGAUUCUUCAGAAAGGAGUUUUUGGUUCCUACUUUCCGAUCUUGAGAUAUUUUCUCGAGAAAAUUUGCUAUCGGUGUUGUGAUUUUUUGGGUAUGUUAUUUGGACAUAACCAUGGGUGCAGAAGCUGAGUUUGUUUGUCGACAGAGCAUCCCAGUCUUGGAUGUUCAGUACCGAUGCAAUCUUCAAGAGAUUGGAGACAUCGUCGCUAUCACCUCACCGAUUUCGCCUCCGAGUUUCGACCCGAUUUGUGCGUCUGAGCCGGUUUCAGUAGAUUUAUCCCGCUCUCAAGUGGAUUUGAAAUCCCCCAAUAAAAGUUCAGACCCUAGCCUUGAAUCUGCUAUCCUGCAAUUUGCACCUUGCAUCCGUUCAGGUAGCUUUGCACAUAUUGGGUGUCGGAGGUAUAUGGAAGAUGAGCAUAUACGGAUAGAUGAUCUAUCCUCGCACCUGGGCUCACUUUUCAGUUUCCCUAAACCAAAUGCUUUCUAUGGGGUUUUUGAUGGUCAUGGAGGACCUGAAGCAGCAGCUUAUGUUAGAAAAAAUGUGAUUAGAUUACUCUUUGAAGAUGUUGAUUUCCCCCAGACAUCACUAGUUGAUGAUAUUUUCCAAGAGGAGGUUGAGAAUUCCCUCCGGAAAGCAUUUCUUCUGGCUGACCUAGCAUUGGCGGAUGAUUGCAAUGUGAGUAGUUCAUCUGGGACAACAGCACUUGCCGCUCUGAUAUUUGGGAGGCUUCUGAUGGUUGCCAAUGCAGGCGAUUGCCGAGCAGUUCUAUGCCGAAAAGGAGAGGCAGUUGACAUGUCUCAAGACCACAGGCCCAUUUACCCAUCAGAAAGAAAGCGUGUUGAAGAACUUGGUGGCUAUAUUGAUGAUGGCUAUCUCAACGGUGUCUUGUCCGUGACUCGAGCAUUGGGUGACUGGGACAUGAAGGUUCCUCAGGGCUCUGCUUCUACCUCUCCCCUCAUUGCGGAGCCAGAAUUCGAGCAGGUGUUCCUAACAGAGGAGGACGAGUUCCUCAUCAUUGGAUGUGAUGGGAUCUGGGAUGUGAUGUCAAGCCAGCAUGCCGUCAGCCUUGUGCGCCGUGGGCUUCGGAGGCAUGAUGACCCUGAGCAGUGUGCAAGAGACCUGGCCAUGGAAGCUUUGCGAUUAAACACUUUUGACAAUCUCACCGUUAUCGUUGUGUGUUUUUCUUCAGUUGAUGCCGGGGAGCCAUCACCACCGAGGAGGAGGUGUUGUAGCCUCUCCCCAGGGGCAUUGAACAGCUUAAGGAGCUUGUUGGACAGCAGCAGUAGCCGGUGAUUGUAGAUACAACUAUUUAGGAGAAAUUCUGUUCAUCCUGAGAGAUAAUGACAUCCCCCUUUGUGAUGGUUUUCUUCUGUGAAUAGAAUGGUUAAAUCAAGUCUCGUGUUCAGAGUUAUACUGUUUAUGGCUACUUCAGGUAAAAUGUUAGGAAAAGCAGCUAGCAGUUUUGGAGGAGCUGGUGCCUUUUUCCCUUCCUGUUUGUAGUAUGUGCUGUGGGGUUGAUUGAUGUACAUAAUGAUUGGGUUGGUGGCGGUUUAGAGAUGAAUAAAAUGUCAGAUUUACCUA